AUGAGACUCCUUUUCAUGGAGAUCUUGCACUUCGCCGAUAUCUGUGCGGGUCCUGGUGGGUUUUCAGAGUACCUAACGUGGCGUCGUGGCCAUCCCCUUAACUCUACCUCUUCGCCGCAUUACUUUCCACGCAUUCGUGGGUACGGCAUGACUCUCGUCGGCCCUUGUGACUUCAAAAUGGACAAAUUUAUCGCAGGACCCGCUGAGACUUUUCAUCCCUUUUAUGGAUCUGCAAAGGAUGGCGAUAUUACUAAAUGGGAAAAUUUGGCUUCCUUUGCUCAGUUCGUUGCUCACAACACAGGUGACAAGGGUGUUCAUGUGGUCAUGGCUGAUGGGGGCUUUGACGUUUCCGACUGUUAUAACCUACAGGAAGUGAAAUCAAAGCACAUCUACCUCUGCCAAUGUCUUUGCGCUCUUACUCUUCUACGACCCGGCGGCUGUUUCAUCACCAAGCUGUUCGACAUCUUCACCGAUUUCAGUGUGGACUUGAUCUGGCUUAUGAGUCAUGUUUUCAAAAGUAUCAGCCUCAUCAAACCUAUCUCUAGUCGACCUGCCAAUUCGGAGCGAUAUCUUCUUUGUGAGGGUCUCAUUACCUCCAAUUCUUGCAUGGCUGGAUGUCCAAAACCUCCUUCCUCCUGUUCAAGCACCUGCAAUAAUAACAUCAGUUCGAAGUCACAGCCUCCCAAACCUUCUUUCAAAAAGUCUGUGUCAGCCAAACGUGCCAAUGCCGUAAUGCGCAGUGGCGGUACUGGUGAUUUCAGUGGCAGCUCUCUCCAAGUCGACACGGUUUCGGCUGUGGGACUGCUAAUUAAGCACUUCCUUGAGGUCAAUGAGGGUCUGCAUAGACGAAAAAUGGUCAAAGAGAAGGAGGGAGAGACCGCAUCGGUUUUAGACAUUCUUCGUUUGGCCCGCUAUGAAGAACAGAAUGGCGCAAGCGAAGAAUUUUCUGCCUUCAUUACUCACGCGAAUGAUGAGCUCGCGGCUCACCAAUGUCUUUACCUCUCAAAAAUGAUCAUCUUCGCUGAUGAUGGAGCAAAAGAGGACGACUCUCGAGACGACCUCAAGGUCGCCUGUUGGAAAAAGUGGCAGGAUUCAGGCAAGGGCAUAGUUCACAACAACUUGCCCGCAAAUUUAUGUCGUCCAACGAAUAUAAACGUGCUCACCAAGGGCGACCUUUCUCGCCCCCUCUUCUCUCCUCACGCUCUCUACGCUGUGGUUUUGGGCGAACUCUUUCAAAAUUCCAAUAAUCUACCUAAACAGCCGGUUAUGGUCAUAUCCCUGGGUGGAGGUUCUGCAGAUAAAGGAAGGCUUAAGUACAGCUGCGAUGGUAAAACGUGGAAUGACUUCUUAUGGGUUGAGAAGAUUCAUCCUCGUCUACCCGCUGGGAGCCUGGUCUGGGCCCUCACUAUCAACAUCUAUUCCUCGAAUGGGCGCCGUAAACACGCCUUGAUGUUACUCGACGCGGCCUUCAUCUAUGGCAUUGACUUGCAAUCUUUGUCUUACGAAGAAAGGAUGCGACACGUUUAUGACCUCUGCCAUAUCGUGGAUUUCGUGAGGGAGGAUUCUGCAAAAAUAAUUUCUCCGCCUCUUUUGCCUCUAACCGAACUACGAACCUUCAUGCAGCAAAGGUUAAAGCUUCUUCCCUGCAAGGAUGCUCCGGAUAAGGUGAACAUGUUUGUCACAACCACUGAUGGAUACACCUGUGCACCAAAAGGCCUCCUUCUUGUUAAGCAUUUGGAAAUUCUUCAGACUUGUCUGAUUGGCUUGGCCUUGAUCAUCAUUAUGAAAUCUUGUAUUAAUAUUCCUGCUCCAGUGUGUCAUUUAUUCCAACACUCCUGUGCCUGUCUUUUCCUAACAGGUCCUUGGGUCAUGCGUCGAAGUCGUGGUACUGGAAAGCUCUAUUACUUUAACGACCAGACUCACGAAUCUGAAUAUGUCGCUCCACCCGGUGUCGAAUUGCCUUUCGGAAAAACGCUUUUCUUCCGUGUUCCGUGGCAGGCCGAACACGAGGGCGAGCUUGAUGUGCACUAUCUGACUGAACAUUGCCAUCAAUUGCAUCAAUGA